CACAUGUUUAGACGUCACAUGGGAAGCCACGUUGGAUGACAAUUUUCUAGAAAAACAGGUUUAAUAGAUUUGUAUUUAAAUUCAAAGGUUCACCGUUCUUCUACUGACAAUUCUACAAGUUUUACUAAACCACAAAUCGUGUGCAAGAGUAUAAUUUUUUAAAGAUGUGCGGAAUAUUUGCGUAUUUGAACUAUUUGCAACCCAGAACACGUAGAGAAAUUUUAGAAUAUCUCAUUAAAGGUCUGCAGAGGUUGGAGUAUCGUGGUUAUGACUCGGCAGGUAUUGCUGUAGAUGGAAAUGCCAAUGGUUCAGUUUUGUCUAUUAUUCGAAGAAGUGGAAAAGUAAAGAUGUUGGAAGAUCAGAUAUGGAAUAAUGAGGAUCUAGAUUUUGAUCAGGAAUAUACAGUUCACGUUGGAAUUGCUCACACACGAUGGGCCACACAUGGAGCUCCAAGUAUUCCCAACAGUCAUCCUCAGAGAUCGGAUGUGAAUAAUGAAUUUGUUGUGGUUCAUAAUGGAAUUGUUACCAAUUACAAAGAUAUUAAACAACUUUUGCUGAAGAGAGGAUUUGAAUUUGAAUCUGAUACUGAUACCGAAGUAAUUGCCAAAUUAGUUAAACUAAUUCAUGAUGAUCAUCCUGAUCUUUCUUUCAGAGAAUUAGUUGAACAAGUCAUUCAACAAUUGGAAGGUGCUUUUGCUCUUGUGUUCAAAAGCAGAAAAUAUCCAGGACAAUGUGUGGCUACUCGGAGAGGAAGCCCUCUUCUUGUUGGCAUAAAAAGUAAAACACAUUUAUCAACUGAUUACAUUCCUGUAUUCUACAGUAAGGAUGCAGACAACAAGCAGAAUUCAGCUGUUGAGACCAAGAAAGAAGAAGAUAAUGAGGAUCUAGAUUUUGAUCAGGAAUAUACAGUUCACGUCGGAAUUGCUCACACACGAUGGGCCACACAUGGAGCUCCAAGUAUUCCCAACAGUCAUCCUCAGAGAUCGGAUGUGAAUAAUGAAUUUGUUGUGGUUCAUAAUGGAAUUGUUACCAAUUACAAAGAUAUUAAACAACUUUUGCUGAAGAGAGGAUUUGAAUUUGAAUCUGAUACUGAUACCGAAGUAAUUGCCAAAUUAGUUAAACUAAUUCAUGAUGAUCAUCCUGAUCUUUCUUUCAGAGAAUUAGUUGAACAAGUCAUUCAACAAUUGGAAGGUGCUUUUGCUCUUGUGUUCAAAAGCAGAAAAUAUCCAGGACAAUGUGUGGCUACUCGGAGAGGAAGCCCUCUUCUUGUUGGCAUAAAAAGUAAAACACAUUUAUCAACUGAUUACAUUCCUGUAUUCUACAGUAAGGAUGCAGACAACAAGCAGAAUUCAGCUGUUGAGACCAAGAAAGAAGAAGCAGCCGAUCUUCGUUUCGGACAGAAUGCCAUCCUGUCAUCUACUGCGACCAAAGCCGGAGGAAUUCAGCGAUCUGACUCGACGACAGAAUUUCACCCCAUUGGAGAAGAUAGCGAAGUAGAGUAUUUUUUCGCCUCUGAUGCCAGUGCCAUAAUCGAGCAUACUAAUAGAGUAAUAUUUCUGGAAGACGACGAUGUAGCCGCAGUCUCCGAAGGAGACUUGACAAUUCAUCGUCUUAAACGUACUUUGGAUGAAUCAACUGCAAGAGAGAUAAUAACGUUAAAAAUGGAGAUACAACAAAUCAUGAAAGGAAAUUUUAGUUCUUUUAUGCAGAAAGAAAUAUUUGAACAGCCAGAAUCAGUGAUCAAUACCAUGAGAGGAAGAGUUAAUUUUGACACAAAUGUGGUUGUGUUGGGAGGAAUAAAGGAUUACAUUCCUGAAAUUAAGAGAUGCCGAAGAUUGUUGCUGAUUGGUUGUGGUACUAGCUAUCAUAGUGCUAUUGCGACAAGACAGAUCUUGGAAGAACUGACAGAAUUGCCCGUAAUGGUUGAAUUAGCCAGUGACUUUCUGGAUCGUAACACACCCAUUUUUAGAGAUGAUGUUUGCUUCUUCAUAUCUCAAUCUGGAGAGACUGCUGACACAUUAAUGGCUUUAAGAUAUUGUAAACAGAGGGGAGCCUUGAUUGUUGGCAUAACAAACACUGUUGGUAGCAGCAUCUGUCGCGAGAGCCACUGUGGUGUUCAUAUCAAUGCAGGACCAGAAAUUGGAGUUGCCAGCACUAAAGCCUAUACAAGUCAGUUUAUAUCAUUGGUAAUGUUUUCUUUGGUCAUGUGUGAAGAUAGAAUAUCUAUGCAUCCCAGAAGGGCAGAAAUUAUUCAGGGAUUGAAAAAGUUGCCAGGAUUUUUUUCGUUUAAAAUUUAUCAAAUUGUGUUUGUAGCAGCCGAUCUUCGUUUCGGACAGAAUGCCAUCCUGUCAUCUACUGCGACCAAAGCCGGAGGAAUUCAGCGAUCUGACUCGACGACAGAAUUUCACCCCAUUGGAGAAGAUAGCGAAGUAGAGUAUUUUUUCGCCUCUGAUGCCAGUGCCAUAAUCGAGCAUACUAAUAGAGUAAUAUUUCUGGAAGACGACGAUGUAGCCGCAGUCUCCGAAGGAGACUUGACAAUUCAUCGUCUUAAACGUACUUUGGAUGAAUCAACUGCAAGAGAGAUAAUAACGUUAAAAAUGGAGAUACAACAAAUCAUGAAAGGAAAUUUUAGUUCUUUUAUGCAGAAAGAAAUAUUUGAACAGCCAGAAUCAGUGAUCAAUACCAUGAGAGGAAGAGUUAAUUUUGACACAAAUGUGGUUGUGUUGGGAGGAAUAAAGGAUUACAUUCCUGAAAUUAAGAGAUGCCGAAGAUUGUUGCUGAUUGGUUGUGGUACUAGCUAUCAUAGUGCUAUUGCGACAAGACAGAUCUUGGAAGAACUGACAGAAUUGCCCGUAAUGGUUGAAUUAGCCAGUGACUUUCUGGAUCGUAACACACCCAUUUUUAGAGAUGAUGUUUGCUUCUUCAUAUCUCAAUCUGGAGAGACUGCUGACACAUUAAUGGCUUUAAGAUAUUGUAAACAGAGGGGAGCCUUGAUUGUUGGCAUAACAAACACUGUUGGUAGCAGCAUCUGUCGCGAGAGCCACUGUGGUGUUCAUAUCAAUGCAGGACCAGAAAUUGGAGUUGCCAGCACUAAAGCCUAUACAAGUCAGUUUAUAUCAUUGGUAAUGUUUUCUUUGGUCAUGUGUGAAGAUAGAAUAUCUAUGCAUCCCAGAAGGGCAGAAAUUAUUCAGGGAUUGAAAAAGUUGCCAGAUCAAAUUAAAGAAGUUUUGAAAUUGGAUGAACAGGUCCACAAUCUGGCUCAGGAAUUAUAUCAACAGAAAUCUGUGUUAGUAAUGGGACGUGGUUAUAAUCAUGCUACCUGUUUGGAGGCAGCAUUGAAAAUCAAAGAAUUAGCUUAUUUACAUUCUGAAGGAAUUUUGGCUGGUGAAUUAAAACAUGGACCACUUGCUCUAGUAGACAAAGCUAUGCCAGUCAUCAUGACUGUGACGAGAGAUCCAGUUUAUCCUAAAUGCAUGAAUGCUCUUCAACAGGUUACGGCACGUGAUGGAAGACCAAUAAUUGUUUGCGAGAAAGGUGACAUCGAAACUCAGAAACAUGCUUUUAGGCAUCUAGAAGUUCCUCACACUGUAGACUGUCUUCAAGGUGUCUUAACUGUUAUUCCUCUCCAGCUUCUUUCCUAUCAUAUUGCUGUUUUGAGAGGAUGCAAUGUCGAUUGUCCUCGCAAUCUUGCCAAAUCAGUCACAGUGGAAUAAGUGCCAAAUACAAUUUUUUAACUAAAGCAUUCCAUCAAAAUGGUUCUUAUAGUUAAUUUUAUUCUUUUAUUACAUAAACAAGUUUGUUGAUAACACACAAAAGAAAAUAUGGAGUUCAGAAAAUCAUCGUUUUAUUAAAAAAAGUGUGUAUGGUGUUGCAAUUUCAUAUCAAGGAUCUAACAUAUUUAAAAAUUCUACAAGGAACAACUUUAUACAAAUAUCUAAAUUAGUAAUUUUUCAGUUAUAACUGGUUAUUUAUUUCAAAACUUCAAUUAUUCUUCAGGGUUUUUCAAAUUUUAAAUCUUGUCAAUGUCAGAAUAAUCAAUACAAUUUGUAACAACUAACUUCCUGGAGAAAUUGAUUCCACACUACUUUACUAUAAAAUGCACGAUUUGAAUUAAUAUAAAAAUAGAGAGGAAGAACAGAAAAUACUGGAAAAGUACAGUUUGAUUGAUCUCAUAAAAAUUAUAUAAUUCACUUUAAAAAUAAUAUGAACUACAUUCUUGCACAUUUAAAUUUAACAGAAAUCCUGUAAAUAUGUUUUAUAAGAAUUUUCUGAAUAAUUAAAUUAUGAAAACCUACUUGAGCUCUAUCCAAUAUAGGUUACGUUCGUAAAGUCAAACAAGUUAAAUGCGUUAGUAACAAAUUGGUCAAAAAGUAGUAGUUUCACUCAGUGCACAAGCUCUGUGGUGAUGACAUUUCGAACAAAACUCUAACGAAGUUCACUUAAAUUAUGAAUUAAAAGCUGAAAUGAUAGAAAUGACUGUCUACCCGAAGCAAUCUAAGAGAAAUAUUUCAGAUAAGGCUGCACUAGCAACAUUCAUAUCUUUGAUUUUAGAAACAGCCAUUUAGUUAUAAAUGAAUCUGUCGAAAAGUCUAAUGAAGUACAAAUAAUGAUUGUCAUUCUUGUUUAACUCAUUUGACUUUAUGAACGUACCCAUAAUACAUUUGUUAUUUUGAUGUGAUUUGAAAGUACUUAAUUUGAUAUAUUUCCCAACAAUAUUGGUUAAAAUUGAAAUACAAAAAUUCCUAUUGUAACCUAAUUGUGUUGGAUAUAAGCAAGAGCGAUAACUGAUUAAAAAAAAUUACAAAAAAUUGUUUUAACAUGAAGAUUGCUUCACAAUAAACUUUCAUCAAGUCAACUAAAAAUAUGAUUUUUAAAACAUUUUCAUUAUCUUGUGUAGAUGUAAAUGGUCACAAUAACUGUACAGUUUGCAAUAAUGUGUAUUAAGUGCUGAUAAUUUGAGCUUGUUUGAAGUGAUAUAUUUAAAAUAAACUCUUUUGCAUAAAACUCAUUAAUAGAACAAUACAGAUUUAUGUAAUUUCAUAAAAUAAUUACAUCAGCACUAGAUAAUGGAAUCAAAACUCUGUAAAUAUCAAAGUUUUGGGUGUUCUCGGACUCAAACUUUUCAAAUUUAAAAUGGUUAUUUAUUUAAUGAGUCUUCCUAUAAAUUUGUUCUGCAAAUAACAUUUCCAAUAUUUUAUAAUCACUGAUUUUAAGACCUGUCUUUGUAAUGUUUAUAAAUAUAAAAAUCAAAAACUCACUUGAUUGUAGAAAAUAAAUUUCAAAAAUAAAUUUCUUUAAUGAAUAUAAUUAAUAGGCAGCUCUUAUCUAUUUAAUGUACUCUGGAUUCAUUCCCAAAAUUAGUGUAAUACAGACAAAAAAAGUAAAUUUAUAAAGUAAAUUGUUGAGAAAAUGUUUUGGUAUAUGGUUUAAAUAAACAUCUGUAAAUUGUC